UUUUGCGCUGUCGUCUGACUUGACUCUGAUGCAAAACUGCAUCACUUCGGGUGCUGCUGCUGUGAAGUGUGCAGACGGGAAAAUCGCGAAAAGUCAGUUUCGGGGUGCCGUGCCGUGAGUAGGUAAUCGUAUUCGUGCGUCGUGUGGUCCGCUGUUUCCAUUGAUUUUAUGCAAUUGUACUCGGUGAUUUUCUUUCUUGGAAAAGUAUAUUUUCGGUGUACAGUGACGUGGGCAAAGUUUUGAACCAUUUGAAGUGGCCAUUCAGUGAUUGGAUUGAUGGUUGAGUGGUUGCAUGAGUAAUAAUUUCGCAGUGCUCCGCCAUCCAGUCCCGGAACCGGGCGAAGAAACGGGUCCACUGCUGGGUGCUGCAGGAAGGGUGUGUGAAGGAGGAUAAAGAUGGAUGGCUGUCCGUUUGCUUGACGCGAUCUGGUUUCAGAGGUGCAGGAAGUGAUUUUCCAGUUCGUGAUUCUGUAGAAUUGUUGGGAAGGUGUUGCAAAAAGUGUGAAAAUUUACUGGAUGAUCUCAUAAGAAGGAUAGUAUAAAACCCUGUGCACAUAUGAUCCAAGCGUCAAGACUUAAAUAUCGAGAAGAGAAAGAUUGUGUUCAAAAUAACGUUAUCUGUUAGUGCAUUGGACAACUAUCCCACUUAUCAAGUAUACCUACCCCAAAUCAUCGUCCAGUAUUGUUAUCGGAAAAGAAGCAAGUGUAUGAAUUGAAUAAAGUGCCUCAAGUGUCUACCUUACGUUUAGAUCGAGUGUAACGAGAGUGGCGUGUGCACAGGAAGAGCUCAAAGUUGUCUCAUUUUGUCGAGGUGUCUUAAUUACUGUGCUGGUCUCAAGCUGAGUGGAGUAAAAGAAAUCGAGCUCAUAUUGCAGACUUCUUCAACGCCAUCAUUAUCAUCAUCGUUACAGUGGCAUUGAGAAGAAACAAAUAUUUUGCAUGCCGAAGCGCUGUUAUUGUGUGCGGAGAUUGUGAAGCAGAAAUCCAGUCGCUUUUGAAAAAUUGUGCCACGGAACGGUAUGGAAAAAGCUGCCGGAGCAACAACCAAAGUCGUUAGGAAAGUGGCGCUGCUCGGUGAUUGACGAACGAUACUGACGGCGGUAGUUGUGAUUGGCGGAAUUGUUGAGGUGACACAAGUGAAGAUAGUGAAAAAAAAGGACUGAACUCGCAGUAAUACGUCAGGCUAAUCGCUUUAGCCAACUUUCGGGGUUUGCUGUUGUUCCAGAAAAAGGUGUUUGAAACGGCUUCAAGGUGGCGCUGUACGCUGUAAUCGAGAAGCGCUUCCGGCCGCGCCCGUUGGACCGUUCGACACUUCCGACGCCCCCAUCGACGCCACCUUCGGAUCCGGACGACAGCCUAGCCGUGUACUAUGAUUCGUCGUCGUCACCUUGCUACACAAAGCGUAUCACCACAACGAGCCUCUUGACCGGGGUCAGCACAACCCGGUGGACCUACGCCACAUCCCGCUACCAUCGACGUAAACCGAAACGCAAAAUGUCCCCACUGUCCAGUCCGAAAGCCGCCAAGCCGUACAAAGAGUUCCGCAUGAUGGCCUCCAGUUCGGCGUCUUCUUCGACGUCUUCGAUAUCCUCGGCGGCGAACAUGGGAUCGUCUUCCGGUGCUGGGGCCAGUGCCAGUGCUAGUGGAUCGUCAAGGCUGCAAAGACGGCGCCGAAGGAAGAAGCGAAUGCUUCCGGUGAAGCUGGAAGGCAUCGUGGUCAGUCUUGGGAAGGCGAGGUAUUGUGAGGACGGUGUGCAGCGGGAGCAAGAAGAAGAUGAUGAGGACGACGAUGAGGAGGACGAGGUAGAGGACGUGGAGGAAGACUCCUCCGACGAUGAAGGAGCUGAUGAGACUGAUAGGCUGACUAGCAGUAUCAAGGAACAUUCCACUAACCAGAGCGUGCAUGACAACCGAACGGACGAGCACCUAUCGAUGCCAUGGUUUGGCAUGGACAUCGGCGGCACCCUAACGAAGUUGGUCUACUUCGAGCCGAAAGACAUCACACCGGGCGAGCUGGACCAGGAGGCGAAAAUCCUGCGCAACAUCCGGCGGUACCUGACGAAACACUCGGCCUACGGUCGGACCGGCCACCGGGACAUCCACCUGCAGAUGGAUGACGUGGAGAUACGGGGCCGGCGGGGGUCACUGCAUUUCAUUCGGUUUCCCACGGCCGAGAUGGACAAAUUCCUGGCGCUGGCCAAGAAGAAAGGCAUGGCUCAGCUGGUGACGACGGUUUGCGCGACGGGAGGCGGAGCGUUCAAAUUUGAGGACAACUUCAAGGAGGAGGUCAACAUGAAGCUGGCCAAAUUCGACGAACUGGACGCCCUGAUCAAGGGAAUCCUGUUCACCGAGACGCACAAUCCGUGUGAGUGCUACUACUGGGAGGAUGCUAGUGAUAUUAGUGUAAGUUCAAAGAAGAAGUUCGACUUCAGUCAGCCCUAUCCGUUCAUCCUGGUGAAUGUCGGAUCGGGUGUGUCGGUGCUAGCGGUCCGUGGACCGGACAAUUACAAACGCAUUUCCGGUACCAGUUUGGGCGGAGGAACAUUCCUGGGGCUGUGCUGCCUGCUGACGGGAUGCACAACGUUCGAGGAAGCGAUACAGCUGGCCACGAAGGGUGACCACACGAAGGUGGACAAGCUGGUGAAGGACAUCUAUGGUGGCGACUAUGAGCGGUUCGGAUUACCGGGAGAUCUCGUGGCGGCCAGCUUCGGACAGAUGAACCUCGUCGAUCGGCAGGCGAGCGUUUCGAGGGAAGAUCUUGCCAAUGCCACUCUCGUAACGAUAACCAACAAUAUCGGUUCGAUUGCCAGGAUGUGCGCCAGCAACGAGAAGAUCGAUCGGGUGGUGUUCGUGGGCAACUUCCUGCGGGUGAAUCCCAUCUCGAUGAAACUGCUCGCGUUUGCCAUGGACUACUGGUCCAAGGGUACGCUCAAGGCCCUGUUCCUGGAGCACGAGGGCUAUUUUGGUGCUAUCGGCUGCUUGCUGCAGUUUAACGGCGAGCUUAACGCGCACGUUGACAACGAAGGCGACCUGCUGACCUAAGCUAACUAAGCUAAGCAUGCGUAGAGGUAAGGUUAAUGUAUGUUGCUCGCGCAUUCGUCUUCACACAACAACGCGAAAAUACCAAACAAAGACACACAAACAGACACAACAUAUUCACCAGGAUCCAAUAGCAAAAAAUAUAUAUAAAUCUAAAAAAACUUUACACAACUUAUAUAUCCACACCAAUAGGACAGCUCGUCGAGAAAAGGGCUAAGAGAUAAUAGGAUAAUUGUAAGCGUUUAGUUUAACUGGCAUGAUAGUGAGAAUCAAAUAGUAGAACUGUUACAAGGGAAGCUCCGGGCGAAAUUUGUCGCAAAAGGUCUACAAAAGUUUCGAUUAAGUUUUCCAUUUCAUUUGUUCGUUUCAUUCGGCUUAGUCUAGAACUGUUUUCGGCGUUUGAAAUGACUGAAAUAUUCGUUAUAUAAUUGCAUAUCUGAGAGAGCGGACGGUUUUUUCUCACGGAUUCGAUCGUCAUAAUAUAUAGAUUUUUCCUCGAGGGAAGCGUAGUGAGUUUGAAACAAAUAGCACCACUUUUUAUGUCGUCGGACGUACUUUUCCAAUUCCUUUCGAUAGUGUAAGACACAUUUUCUUUGCAGUUAAGAUAGGUAACAAAAAAUGGGCUAUUUUAGUUCUUAAAAUAGUCUUUAACGUUCUCUGUUAUCCCAUUAUAGAGAUAACAGUUAGUUUUCUACGGUGUAGGCAAAUUCGUUUAGGUACUCUACCAGUUUAUGUUGGUCUUAACAAAUGGGUGCAAAUAUCUUCUGGAGAAUAACCUGAUAAAGGAAAGAAACUGUUUGCAACAAAAUCCCGUUUUUUCAAACUAAAAUCUUAACUAAACUUUUUAUUGCAGCAAUCUGGCAGCUGAAAUCGUAGUUCGAUCUUUAAUACACCAAUCCAAUCAAAUUUACUUAGAAGCAUGCUUGCUUGCAUGCCUCGCUCACUGUCAUUGAAGACAUUGUAGAUAGAGAUUAUCUUAUUACUGUUAUGUUGAAACCGUUUUGGAUUCGAAAUUUUGGAUUCACAAAUCGAUAGAAAUUUCCAAUCAGCUGCACACACUUUCUUUUAUAGGUAUAAUAUUGUUGAAUUUCUCCCAUUUUUAUGUACGUAUGACGAAUCAGUGACUUCUAUGAAAGUGUUUCCGUAGCAGUUUCGUUUUUUUAUUUACACAAACACACACCACACAUUUAUUGCAUUUUCCUCUGUCGUAAGCAUAAAACAAAAAUUUUAAAAGCGAAUAUAUGGAUCUUCAAAUUUGGCCAAAGGUUGA